UCUUCUUUCCCCGAAGAACGCUAGGUGGCGGUAAUAAAACUACUCAAACAAAGUUUAGGGGUCAAAGGUGAAAGUUGACCCAAACCAGCAGCGCUCGCCUUACGUUAGUUAGCCGACAAUGGCUAAACAUCAUCCUGAUUUGAUCUUUUGCCGAAAACAAGCCGGUGUCGCUAUCGGGAGACUCUGCGAGAAAUGUGAUGGAAAAUGUGUGAUCUGUGACUCCUACGUGAGGCCUUGUACUCUGGUGCGUAUCUGUGAUGAGUGUAACUACGGCUCCUAUCAGGGCCGCUGUGUGAUCUGCGGAGGGCCCGGAGUGUCUGAUGCCUACUACUGCAAAGAGUGCACCAUCCAGGAGAAAGACCGAGACGGCUGUCCUAAGAUUGUGAACUUGGGCAGCUCUAAAACAGAUCUGUUCUAUGAAAGGAAGAAGUACGGCUUCAAGAAAAGGUGAAGACACCACGGCCACCAUCCUGCUUUAGUUUUUACAGCUUUUGAAGAUUGUUUUCAAACCUCAAGAACCAUUUUUUGAUUAAUCAAUAAAACUCUGUUUUAUA